CAUUUAUUGGCUAAUAAUAAUGCUAUAGAUUUAGAUGACAAAGAUUUUACACCAAUUGAAGACAAUAAUAUAGCUAAAAAUUUAUCUCCUAUACCAUCAAAUUCAUUAUUUGAAAAUUGUUCUUAUGCAAGUUUUAAUUAA